AUGUCGAAGCCCGCCAUCAUCCCCGAAACCACCACCGCCGGCAUCGCCGUCGAUCCCCGCACGCUCGAACGCGUCAUCCCAGAGUCCCGCAGGUUGGACGGCACCGUCCGCAAGCAGAUCAAAAUCCGCCCGGGCUUCACCCCGCAGGAGGACGUGCGCCGGUUCCGCGGCACGCGCCAGGCCCAGGCGGACGCGACCACGCUCCCCAAGGGGCACAUCAUCGGCUGGACCCCUCCCUCCGCCGCCGCCUCCACUCCGGGCGCGGGCGCGAGCAAAGCGGGGCUGAGCAAGGCGCAGAAGAAGAACGAGAAGCGGAAAGAGAAGCGGAAAGAGAAGCGCGACGAGAAGGUCAAGGAUAACUGGGACGAUGACGACGACGACGACGACGAGGGCGAAGGCGAGGCGGAGGCGGCUUCGAGCACGGCGACGCCCCCGCGCGAGGGCGCACACACAGCGGAGAAGCCGAACUGGGCGGUCGCACAGAAGGCGGACGCGGCGGAUGCGGUCGCGGACAAGCUGGGUAAGCUCGAGGUGCGGUGA